UCUUACCCUUCCGGCAAAAACAGGUGUUGCUCUCGUAGCGCUCGCUCUCACCCACCCUUCCCCAACUCGCAUCCAGCGCCGCAACCCCUCGUCUCUCCCCCCCUUCCGAUCUGAGGCGUCGUUGGAGAUCGGCGGCAACCGAAGAGGCGUCCGACGACGGCCGUCGCGGGUGGCACCAGUGCAGUGGAGCAAAUCAACCAGUUGAGAUGGCGACAUUGAGGCCGCUGAGCGUGGAGGAGGUGCUGAGGGUGAACGGCAGCCACCGCUUUGCCGCCGCGCUGGCUGCCGCCUCCCCCUUUGAUUCUCUUGCCAACGCGCUCCUUGCCGCCCGCCGCAUCUGGCUGAACGAGGUGGACGUGACUGGAUGGCUGGAGGCCUUCGCUGCCCACCCACCCAUCGGAAGCACCUCCUCCUCCGUCUCCAAGUGGAGCAAGGAAGAGCAAUCAGCUGCUCUUUCCACAGCCACUGAUUCGACUGCGCAGGAGUUGUCCGAGUGGAAUGCCAAAUACAGGGAGAAGUUUGGGUUCGUGUUCAUGAUAUGCGCAUCUGGGAGGACUGCCCCUGAGGUCUUAGCUGAGCUUAAGAGGCGUUAUGCAAAUAGACCAGUUGUUGAGCUUGAGGCUGCGGCAGAGGAAGAACUGAAGAUAACUGAGCUGCGUCUUGCAAAGCUUUUCGCAUCAGAAACUGCUGCUCCCCCUACUUCAGGUGAAAAUCAGAUUAGCCAACCGGAUAAAGCAGCAGAUCGGAUGCGGAUUAUUGGUGCACACCUUGGAGCUCUUUCCCAGCUUUCUGCCUAUAAAGCUCCUGAAAUUACAGGCAACUCCAACCGGACACGCCCUCCUAUCACAACCCAUGUGCUGGACACGGCUCUUGGAUCGCCAGCAUCUGGAAUUGAAGUUCACCUGGAGAUGUGGAAGGACGCGUCAAGUACCCCGUCAUUUGACAACAAAGAUUUCAAGGGAUGGACAACCCUAGGCUCUUCGAUUACAAACAAUGAUGGACGCAGCGGUCAGCUGAUGGACAUCGUUGACAAUGUCACUCCUGGUUUCUACCGCAUAAGUUUCAAUACCUCCAAGUAUGCACCGUCAGGGUUCUUCCCUUACGUGAGCAUCAUAUUUGAGAUAAAAAGAAGCCAGGCGACCGAGCAUUUCCAUGUGCCUCUUUUACAUUCUCCUUUUUCCUUUACCACUUACCGUGGCAGCUAAGCUGUCAAUUUGUGUGUAAAUCACAUCGAGUGAUGGUAUUGUUCUGAAACAAGCAUAAAUGGUCGUAAAUCAGGGUGUUUAGAUGUCACUGACAUUGUGAUAUUUGAAUAAUAAUGUUCCAUGUAAUAAUAAGCUCGAGUAUGCAGUGACAUUGGAUCA